GUGUUUUAGAGCCGAGUAGUUUAGAGGGACUGGUUCUUGGUAAAUGAGCGUCCAGAGCUCAGAGAGUCAGACCAGGAUCUGAGUCUGCACCAUGGACUGAAGGAUCCAUCCAUCCAGGCUUCUACUGGACUUUAUCUGGAAUAUCUGCUGGAAACUUGGGAUUUUGUUCUCUGGCUUUAGGUUUUUUUUUCCUUUAACAACUCUAGUUUUUUUCCUUGGAGACGGUGUGAACUUAGUGAGGUUCGCACUGAUACUGGAUCAGAGGGAACACGACACACAGACUGCGACUGUUGAGCUGAAGGCAGCAGGAUGGGGAGCCGGGGCCACUACCGGUACCACUGGCAGAGCCACAAUGUCAAACACAGCGGCGUGGACGACAUGGUGCUGCUCAGCAAGAUCAACGAGGACGCCAUCGUCGACAACCUCAAGAAGAGAUACAUGGAUGACUACAUCUUUACAUAUAUCGGUCCUGUGCUCAUCUCCGUCAACCCUUUCAAGCAGAUGCCGUACUUUGGGGAGAAAGAAGUGGAGAUGUAUCAGGGCGCGGCUCAGUACGAGAACCCUCCUCACAUCUACGCUCUGGCAGACAACAUGUACAGGAACAUGAUGAUCGACAGGGAGAACCAAUGUGUCAUCAUCAGCGGAGAGAGCGGCGCUGGGAAGACUGUAGCAGCCAAAUACAUCAUGAGCUACAUCUCCAGAGUGUCGGGGGGCGGGCCCAAGGUCCAGCACGUCAAAGACAUCAUCCUGCAGUCCAACCCGCUGCUGGAGGCCUUCGGCAACGCCAAGACCGUCAGGAACAACAACUCCAGCAGAUUUGGGAAAUACUUUGAGAUCCAGUUCAGCUCCGGUGGAGAACCAGACGGAGGGAAAAUCUCCAACUUCCUCCUGGAGAAAUCACGUGUCGUCAUGAGAAACCCCGGAGAGAGGAGUUUCCACAUAUUCUAUCAGAUGAUAGAAGGAGCCAGUGGAGAGCAGAAGAGCAGCCUGGGAAUCACCAGCCUGGAUUACUACACUUACCUCAACCAGUCCGGCUCCUACAAAGUGGACGACAUCAACGACAAGAGCGACUUCCAGGAGACGAUGCAUGCCAUGGGUGUGAUUGGUAUCUCAGGGGAGGAUCGCUCCAUGGUGCUGCAGAUUGUAGCCGGAGUCCUGCACCUGGGAAACAUCAGUUUCAAAGAAGCCGGCAACUACGCUGCUGUGGAGAGUGAAGAGUUCCUAGCCUUUCCUGCGUUUCUGCUGGGAAUCGACCAGAACCGUCUGAAGGAGAAACUGACGAGCAGGAAGAUGGACAGUAAAUGGGGGAACGCGCUGGAGUCCAUCGACGUGACGCUGAACGUGGAGCAGGCGUGCUACACCCGGGACGCCCUCUCCAAAGCCCUGCACUCCAGACUCUUUGACUUCCUGGUUGAGUCCAUCAACAAAGCCAUGGUGAAAGAUCAUCAGGAGUUUAAUAUCGGCGUGCUGGACAUUUAUGGAUUUGAGAUUUUCCAAAAAAAUGGAUUUGAACAGUUCUGCAUCAACUUUGUGAAUGAGAAACUGCAGCAGAUCUUCAUCGAGCUGACUCUGAAGGCAGAGCAGGAGGAGUAUGUGCAGGAGGGCAUCAAGUGGACUCAGAUCGAAUACUUCAACAACAAGAUCGUCUGUGAUCUCAUCGAGAGCAAAAACCCUCCAGGCAUCAUGUGCAUCCUGGACGACGUGUGCGCCACCAUGCACGCGGUGGGCGAGGGGGCCGACCAGACCAUGCUGCAGAAGCUCCGAGUCCAGAUCAACACCCACGAGCACUUCAACAGCUGGAACCAGGGCUUCAUCAUCCACCACUACGCCGGCAAGGUGUCCUACGAUGCAGAAGGUUUCUGCGAGAGGAACCGCGACGUUCUCUUCACUGACCUCAUUGAGCUGAUGCAGAGCAGCGAGAUCACCUUCAUCAGAAACCUGUUCCCUGAUAACCUCAACGCUGAGAAGAAGGGCCGGCCCACCACGGCAGGCAGCAAGAUAAAGAAACAAGCCAACGACCUGGUGAGCACGCUGAUGAAAUGUACUCCUCACUACAUCCGCUGCAUCAAACCCAACGAGACCAAGAAGCCCCGAGACUGGGAGGAGAGCCGAGUGAAGCACCAGGUGGAGUACCUGGGUCUGAAGGAGAACAUCAGGGUGAGGCGUGCUGGCUACGCCUACCGCAGGAUCUUCAGGAAGUUCCUCAACAGGUACGCCAUCCUGACCAGAGAGUCAUGGCCGACGUGGCGAGGAGACGAGAAACAAGGCGUCCUUCAUCUCUUACGCUCCGUCAACAUGGACCAGGAUCAGUUCCAGCUCGGACGCACCAAGAUCUUCAUCAAAGCCCCCGAGUCGCUCUUUCUGCUGGAAGAAACCAGAGAACGCAAGUUUGACGGCUACGCCAGAAGCAUCCAGAAGGCCUGGAGGAAGUACAUGGCCCGCAAGAAGUACGUCCAGAUGAGGGAGGAAGCUUCUGACCUGCUGCUGAACCGGAAGGAGCGGCGGAGACACAGCCUCAACAGGAACUUUGUGGGCGACUACCUCGGGAUGGACGACCGGCCGGAGCUCCGACAGUUCCUGGCCAAGAGAGAGAAGAUCGACUUCGCUGACAAAGUCACUAAAUAUGACCGCCGCUUCAAGGGAAUAAAGAGAGACUUGAUCCUGACCCCAAAGUCUGUCUACCUGAUUGGAAGAGAGAAGGUGAAGCAGGGACCAGAGAAGGGCCAGGUGACGGAGGUGAUGAAGAGGAGGAUCGAUGUGGAGAAGAUCCUGGCCGUGUCCCUCAGUACGCUGCAGGACGACUUCAUGAUCCUCCAUGAGCAGGAGUACGACAGCCUGCUGGAGUGUGUCUUCAAGACGGAGUUCCUCAGCCUGCUGGCCCGAAGGUUUGAGGAGAAAACCCAGAGGAAGCUACCACUCAAGUUCAAUAACACACUGGAGAUGAAGCUGAAGAAGGAGAACUGGGGCUUCCUGAGUGGAGGCGGCUCCCGUCAGGUCUUGUUCGUUGGGGGUCAGGGGGACCAGCCGGUCCUGAAGCCUUCCAGUAAAUCUCUGCAGGUCAGCGUGGGCCCCGGGCUCCCCAAGAACACACGUCCGACCAGAAAGACCCACCAGGUCCGCUCCAGUUCCUCCAGAACCCACCAGCACAUCCCCUCCAGGGCAGCACCAGGACCUCCAGUUUCUCACCAGAACGGCGGUCUUAAGAACACGAACCACGCGGCGAACCAGAGGAACUCUCAGCAUCACAGCCAGAGGAACCCGUCGUUGCACGGCAACGGCCAGCGCCCGUUCCUGCCUAGCAACGCCAACCAGCUGAAGGAGCGAGGAGGCAGCCGGCCGCAGCCCAACCUGGACUGUCUGAAGGUCCCCGAGCAGGGAGCCGCAGGCAACGGAGACAGACGGCCAACUUCAAACGGAGGAAUGGCCCACAGACCGUCAGCCAGCAGACCUGCUCCAGGAGGGGGACGCCCUAAACCUGCACCCAAACCCAAACCCACGGUGCCGCAGUGCAAAGCUCUGUACGCCUACGACGCUCAGGACACGGACGAGCUCAGCUUCAACGCCGACGACGUCAUCGACAUCAUCAAAGAAGAUGCGUCCGGCUGGUGGACGGGUCGUCUCCGUGGGAAACAGGGACUCUUCCCCAACAACUACGUCACCAAGAUCUAGGAGCUGCAGGUUUACAGCUCGAGGAGGAGAGUCCGCUGCGUCCCCGCUGACGCUCUCAGAGGACGGGACGGAGCUCAAAGUCGAGGAGGAGAAAGAAGAAGCACCGCGAGACUCCUUGAGGAGAGAAACUCCUGCUUCCUCCUCCACUGCUGCCUUUCAAAGUAAAACUCUGUGUUCCAGCAGCAGACCAGAAGACCGUCAGGCUUUUAAAAGAGGCUUUAAAGACAAAAAGACUGUCUGAUGACCCGGGUCUGUUCUCCUCCACAGUCCCUCUGAGUACUGAACAAAACUAUUUAUUGUAUUUAUAGCUUUCUGUGUUCUCCUUACUGUCAUUUAUAUCUUGCUGAGGAUUUGAAGGAAUGAAGUUAAUCUGUGGGACCAGGCUGUGAUUUUUACUCUCAGAUGAAGGUGUGAUUGCUUAAAUCAAAAGGUGAUCGUCUCAAACUGAAGCUGCUUUACCAGGAAUAUUUAUUUUGGUGCAAAACUGUAACUACUUACAGGGACCGGCGUUUCAGUAAAUCAUCACACUGUGAUUUUUAAUGAUUUUAAUACCAAAGCAAUAACAUUUUUAAUAGGUCUGAUCCACAUGUGCAGCAAGAAACAUUCAGACACGUGGUUAAUCACCUGGAAAACCAGUAUGGGCUGAAAUAUGUGCCACCAGAAACUGAAUUUGAAUCAUUUAUAUUUCAAUUUGAAUCGCUUAACUUGAAUAAUUGCAUUAAAAAACUGAAUUUGAAUC